AUGAUUGCUGCUACUAUGUCGACAAUAUAUGUUGCUUUAGUUAUUGCUAUUAUAUGCCAAUUAGGCACAAUGGGUGAAGAAGAAAAAAAACGCACACUUGAUUCAUUAUCAGGCUCGGAUUUCUUUAAAAAGAGUCUUGAUAGUCUUGCGGGCAAUGAUUUUUUUAAACGUGAACAAGAAAAACGAACACUCGAUUCUCUUUCCGGCUCUGAUUUCUUCAAGAAAAGUCUUGAUUCACUAUCGGGCAAUGACUUUUUCAAACGUGAAGAAGAAAAACGCACUCUAGAUUCUUUAUCGGGUUCAGAUUUUUUCAAGAAAAGUUUAGACUCAUUAUCUGGCAAUGAUUUCUUUAAGAAGAGUUUGGACUCAUUAAGUGGAAAUGAUUUUUUCAAAAAGAGUUUGGAUUCAUUAGCAGGCAAUGAUUUUUUUAAACGUAAUAUCAGAUCAUGGCGGCCCAAUGCCCAUUCAGGACGACAUAGUCAUCAGCCAUAUAGAGGAUAUGGCCGAUUAUUUGCUGUAAAUAACGAAGAUAAAUAA